AUGAAUCACUCGAUGUUGUUCUCAUGGCAUCAUACUUUGAUAUUUUCCAUUCUGUUAACUGCUUUGUCUUUCAACUCUCUGUUAUCUUCUGCAACUCAACCCUCUUAUGCUGAUCAUUGUCAUUCCGUUGUCUCCGCAUCAUCCAUAACAAAGUAUGAACGUGCCUGGUUCUCUUAUUUUCCUUUCAGAAAUGGUUAUUAUGAUGGUGGCAGUAGAUUUCUUUCUCAGAAACUGUCUCAGGGCUUACAGUCACUUACCUUUCAGACAGAAAGUGUCUACAGAACUGACCAGGAUGGUGUAUAUAGUAUAGCAGGAAUUCUGGGGUUUCCAUCUCAAAACACCCACUACUAUCAGGGAAAUGCUUCAAAAUCUCUAUACUGGUCUGGAGGACUUCACGUUGGAAGUCCAAUAAGUUUCAGGCUAGGAGGGCUCUGGUCAGAAUCUUCUGGCAACCUUUGUAUGGUGGGAAAUGGUUAUUUCUUCACCAAAGAACGUAAGAUUCUGAAUCUUCAGGCUGUCCUGAAGCUCAGUAAUCUCAGGAACUCUAGUAAUACUGUUACUACUUUGGUUACAGGAACUAUGGAAAGCUUGAGUUCUUCUGAUGAUUUGAGUUAUUUUGAACCGAUUUCUAUAAUGAUUCUUCCAAGACUGAAUUAUGAGUACACUUUGGUUUCAAAAGAAUCAGGUGGAGAGUUUUCUGGUGCAAAUGAUAGUGUGGAGAGUUUACUAAUCAGUUCACUGCCUUCAAAAAGUUUCUGCUCAAUAAUCUCGAGAUUUGUUAAUGAAUUUAACUUGAGGUACACUGGUUAUUGUGAUUCUUCCAAAAACUGUGGACCUCUUGGUGCAGCUGUUGGAGAUUUGCCUACUGCCGUUUCCUUUGAACAAAUUCAAUGCCUGGAGGAGGAAAAAAGACUGCGAGUCCUGGUGAAUUUUCCUAGCCGUAGCUAUGCUUCAUUUUACCAGCCUUUCAAUCUCGGCACAACAUUGAUUGGGGAAGGAUUGUGGGAUGACAAGAUAAAUCAGCUGUGUGUUGUUGCUUGCCGAUUUUUGAACACCACAGAUUCUUUGUCCAAUGCUAAAGUUGGGGAUUGUACAACAAGGCUGAGGUUGGGCUUCCCAGCAAUAUGGUCAAUCAGGGACACUAGUAAUGUUGUGGGGAUCAUUUGGAGCAACAAAUCUGUAAAUGAUUCAGGCUACUUUAAUAAGAUCAUGUUCCAAAGUUCUGAGAGUCCUUUCAGGACGUUUCGAGGUCGGAAAUAUGAAUAUACAGAAAUGGAAAAAGUACGAAGCUCAUGCUGGCUCUAA